UACUGUACUAUGCUCCGCACGCCCUGCGAUAGGCGGCUCCUGAUGGCCGAGGCUGUCUGGGCGAUCUCGCAGAGGUCCAUGUUCUAAAGGGUGGAGAGUGGAGUCUUUGCUUCCCUUCGUGCUGCCCAUGGCGCCAGGACUACUUAAGUCUUUUCCCGCUCCCUCUACCCCUCCUCACCCUGAACCACCCUCUCUCCUCUCCGUCUUUGUUUCUUCUGAUACCCCCAGUUUGUUUCCAUAGCCAUUGCCAACAUGUCGGACGUUUCAGUCAAGCUCAAGACGCCCCAGACGGGCGAGUACGACCAGCCCACUGGCCUAUUCAUCAACAAUGAGUUCGUAAAGUCCGUCGACGGCAAGACGUUCGAGGUCAUCAACCCGUCCACGGAAGAGGUCAUCUGCUCCGUCGCAGAGGCCACGGAAAAGGACGUCGACAUCGCCGUCUCUGCCGCACGCAAAGCUUUCGACGGCCCCUGGAGGAAAGAGACACCAGAGAACCGUGGAAAGCUCCUCGUCAAGCUGGCCGAGCUCUUCGAGAAGAAUGCCGACCUCCUCGCCGCUGUCGAGGCGCUCGACAACGGCAAGGCCUUCAACAUGGCCAAGAACGUCGAUGUCCCCGGCUGCGCUGGUUGCCUGAGGUACUACGGUGGUUGGGCCGACAAGAUUGAGGGCAAGAUCGUCGACACGGCACCCGAUACCUUCAACUACAUCAGGAAGGAGCCAAUUGGUGUUUGCGGUCAGAUCAUUCCCUGGAACUUCCCUCUGCUCAUGUUUUCAUGGAAGAUUGGCCCUGCCAUUGCCACCGGUAACACGGUCGUCAUCAAGACUGCUGAGCAGACCCCUCUCUCCGCAUACAUUGUGUGCAAUCUCAUCAAGGAGGCCGGCUUCCCACCAGGUGUUAUCAACGUCAUCUCCGGAUUUGGCAAGAUUGCUGGUGCCGCCAUGUCAUCGCACAUGGGCAUCGACAAGAUUGCCUUCACUGGUUCAACCGUUGUCGGCCGCCAAAUCAUGAAGGCUGCCGCUGGCUCCAACUUGAAGAAGGUAACUCUCGAGCUUGGAGGCAAGAGCCCCAACAUUGUCUUCGCCGACGCCGAUCUCGAGGAGGCCAUCGACUGGGUCAACUUUGGUAUCUACUUCAACCACGGACAGUGCUGCUGUGCCGGUUCGCGCAUUUACGUCGAGGAACCCAUUUAUGACAAGUUCCUCGCACGAUUCAGGGAACGUGCUGCCGCGAACAACGUCGGUGACCCAUUCGCCCAGGAGACGUUCCAGGGUCCCCAGGUAUCACAACUCCAGUUUGACCGUAUCAUGCACUACAUCGAGGAGGGCAAGAAGGACGGUGCCACCGUCGAGACCGGCGGCAAUCGCAAGGGCACCAAGGGCUACUUCAUUGAGCCAACCAUCUUCUCCAACGUCACCGAGGAUAUGAAGAUCCAGCAAGAAGAGAUCUUCGGCCCCGUGUGCACAAUCUCCAAAUUCAAGACCAAGGCCGACGUCAUCAAGAUUGCCAACAACAGCUCAUACGGUCUCGCCGCUGCUGUCCACACCACCAACCUCACCACCGCCAUCGAGGUUGCCAAUGCGCUCCGCGCUGGUACCGUCUGGGUCAACACCUACAACACUAUCCAUUGGCAAUUGCCCUUCGGGGGGUAUAGAGAGUCUGGCGUUGGCCGCGAAUUGGGCGAGGCAGCGUUGGACAACUACCUCCAGAUCAAGACAGUAUCGAUUCGUCUUGGUGAUAUUCUCUUUGGUUAGAACUGAAAUAUGCACUACGGAACUGUAUAUUACUCUAUUUUUAUUAAAAUAACCUAUUAGUAGGCUAAAUAUAGUACAAAGCUAGAAAACUAAAUUAAGAGUAGGUAUCUAAGUGACAC